AUGAAAAGAUUCGCACACCCCAUCAGCACCCUACUGCUUUUUUUCCUCCUCCUGCUGGAGCUGCACCCAGCCAAUGCCGCACCGGAGGCAGACCUGCUUAUCACGGCACGUACCGCCGCUGGAAUAGCCUCGGACUGGACCGCGGUGUACUACUCCGCCUCGUCUUCACCGGUCCUGCUCGGCAACGACAAGGGCGCGGCGAGCGGGGGCCUGCGGGCCUUCUCGCUGACGGCGUCGGCCGACACUGCAGAGAACGGGACGCUGGCCCAGCUGGCCCACCAGACCCCUGGUCGCACCAGCGUCCUGACGACGGUAUACGACGUAAACGAGGGCGGCCGGGACCUGGUCCUCAGCAUCGCGGCCCCGGACUCAGUCGUCCGUUUGUAUGACGCAGGGUCGCUGGAUCUGGUAGACGGGGACCUCGGGACCGUCCUGGGCGCGUGGUCCGCGCUCUGUGCCUGGAGGAGUCCCCGGAGUGGGGAGCAGUAUGUUUACCUGUUCGGAAAAGGACGGGGCGUGCAGUUUUUGCUGCGCGCCGAUGGAUGGGGCACGUUCGAGAUCCUGGAGGUGAAGACUUUCGAUACGCCUGUCGAGGCGUCGUCUUGUGCUGUCUCGGCCAACGAGGGGAGUGUUUAUUUCGGCGGCGAUGAUGACAGCAAUGUGUACCAUUUUGCUGCCAGGGAGUCUACGGCGGUGCCUGAGAUCAACGUGCUUGGAGAGGCUUCUGGUGAUGUCACUGGGUUGGCGGUGUACGUUGGAGCAGCAGCCGAUUAUCUUCUCAUCGCCCAGACGGACGUGGUUGAGGUCUACGACACAGACCUGAAGUUACUGGGCACACUGACGCUGACGGGUGAUGAGGAUAUCGAGAUCCAGGGCCUUAGUAUUUACCAAUCGUCUACCGAAUCAUAUCCUGCGGGUGCACUCGCGUAUGCGCUCGAGAGUGAUGCUGGGGAAGGGUUCGGCGUGAGCUCUUUGGAUUCGGCGUUCGAAGCACUGAACCUUACACUAAACACGGCCUAUGAUCCGCGUCGAAAAUCUUGCAAGCUCGACUCUCCCGUCAGCGAAACCUGCAAUAAAAGCGGAUUUGACCAAGACGGUAUCUGUUCAUGCUUCGCUGGGUUCGUCGGAAACAAUUGCGAAAACUUCUCAUGCCAAAAAGAUUGUUCUGGCCGUGGGACAUGCGUGGGUGCCAACAGGUGCGAAUGUGAGGUCGGCUGGGGCGGUUUGCAUUGCAGCUUCAUGGUCGUUGACGCUACAGAAGAGACAGAUGCCUUCGGGGGCGACGGCGACGACCCUGCAAUCUGGAUCCAUCCGACGGACAAGUCGCAAUCUAAAAUCAUCACGACCAUCAAGUCCGAUGAGGGAGCCGGACUUGCCGUGUUCUAUCUCAACGGCACCACGGCGCAGACCUUCUCUGCCGGGGAGCCUGAUAAUGUGGAUAUCAUAUAUGGGUUCCAAGCUGGAGACCGGAAAGUGGAUUUGGCAUUUGCCGCUUGUCGUGAUGAUAAUACGCUGUGCAUCUUCGAAAUCACAGCCGACGGGACCUUAGCAGACAUUGCAGGGGGCUCACAACCGACGAAAGACGACUACGACGUCUAUGGCAGCUGUGUGUACCACUCGCGGAGAUCAGGCAAGCAAUACCUAUUCGUCAACGCCAAGACGGCCGAGUAUCUGCAAUAUGAGCUUAACUGGGUCGACAAUGCGCUUCAAACCAGUUUGGUGCGCAACUUCACCGGUGGGUCAGGCGGUCAAGUAGAAGGCUGCGUCACCGACGAAGCCAACGGCUGGAUCCUCAUCGGAGAGGAACCAAGAGCGCUUUGGCGAUAUGGCGCCGAACCGGAGGACGACGUAUCAGAGGGAUACUUGGUCGAUCAGGUUGGCAGUGGACAUAUGUGGGCUGACGUCGAAGGCGUGACAUUGGUCGAAGGACCUUCGGCAGGUCAAGGAUUUAUCCUAGUCAGCCAGCAAGGCGUGAGCGCAUACAAUGUAUACCAACGCGCUGCACCCCACGACUUUGUGUUAACGUUCACAAUCGGGGCGAAUGAGGGAAAGGGCAUCGAUGCUGUUUCUAACACGGAUGGUAUUACCGCUGUUGGUGCGAGUCUUGGCGAGGACUUUCCGUAUGGAAUUUUCGUCACCCACGAUGACGCUAAUGAGUUGGUCGAAGGUGGAACGAGUGAGCAGGCGAGCUUCAAGAUUGUCAGCCUUACGGACAUAUUCAGUGAGGGACUACUUCGCGACAUUGACCCAGACUGGGAUCCGAGGUCAACCUGA